AUAACAUUAAAAAAAGAGUUUUUAUUUUAUUUUUCUUUUUUAAGUCUCUGCCUAUAGUUUUUCUGUUUGAAAUACACAGAAAAAAAAAAAAAAAAAAACUGAGAGAUACAGAGAAGAAAAGAAAAAGACACAGAGGGGAACCAAAUGAAAUGAUUGAAAAGAGAGCCAAGAAAAAAGAAACAAACCCUUCCGAAACGGUUUCGUUUUGCUCUCAGCGCUUUAGGCCCGACGCUUCUCCGGUCGCCUUCGGCGACUCUCCGGUGAGAUUAUCCUGAACCGAUAACGGAUCUGUUAGGAACAAGGAUCUCGGAUCUGAGCGAAAACGAUGCCGUCUCACGCGAAUCUGGACCGGCAGAUCGAGCAUCUGAUGGAGUGCAAGCCUCUGCCGGAGGCGGAGGUGAAGGCGCUGUGCGAUCAAGCCAGGGCUAUUCUGGUGGAAGAGUGGAACGUUCAGCCGGUGAAGUGCCCCGUCACCGUCUGCGGCGAUAUUCAUGGCCAGUUCUAUGAUCUCAUCGAGCUUUUCCGGAUAGGUGGAAAUGCUCCCGAUACUAAUUAUCUCUUCAUGGGCGAUUAUGUGGAUCGUGGGUACUAUUCAGUGGAGACUGUUACACUUUUGGUGGCCUUGAAAGUCCGUUAUAGAGAUAGAAUUACAAUUCUCAGGGGAAAUCAUGAGAGCCGUCAAAUUACUCAAGUGUAUGGCUUUUACGAUGAAUGCUUGCGAAAAUAUGGAAAUGCCAAUGUCUGGAAAUUCUUUACCGACUUGUUUGAUUAUUUACCUCUUACUGCCCUCAUUGAGAGUCAGAUUUUCUGCUUGCAUGGAGGUCUCUCACCAUCUUUGGAUACACUGGAUAAUAUCCGAGCCUUGGAUCGCAUACAGGAGGUUCCACAUGAAGGACCAAUGUGUGACCUCUUGUGGUCUGAUCCAGAUGAUCGCUGUGGUUGGGGAAUAUCCCCACGUGGCGCUGGAUAUACAUUUGGACAGGAUAUAGCGGCUCAGUUCAAUAAUACCAAUGGUCUCUCCCUGAUAUCUAGAGCUCACCAGCUUGUCAUGGAAGGAUACAAUUGGUGCCAGGACAAAAAUGUGGUGACUGUAUUUAGUGCUCCAAAUUACUGUUACCGAUGUGGGAAUAUGGCUGCCAUACUGGAAAUUGGAGAGAACAUGGAUCAGAAUUUUCUGCAGUUUGAUCCAGCUCCCCGGCAAAUUGAGCCUGACACUACACGAAAGACUCCGGAUUAUUUUUUGUAACUUCAUAUAUCUAUCUGUAGUUACUACUGUCUGCUGUUACUGUAGAUGUGUCUUUAAGGAAAGAGGAGUUUCACUGUUUUAAGUGGAGGGCUAUCAUCACCAUAAUUCUUUCUUUUGGAGUUUGUCUGCUAUUGCUGCUGUCUUAUUCGGACAAGAAACCGAUAGAAUUGACACAAUUGGUGUUGUAUAUUUUUGAUAGGAGGAAGCGGCAAAAACAUGGUAUAUCUUGUGCUGUAAUUUUUUUAAAUUAAAUUUCAAGUUAGAGAGCAGAUUUUUGAGUUCUGACCAUCAUGUUCAUUUGAGACAGUUGAUGGUGACAAAUGCAGGUGUUGGUUUUCACAUAAGUGAAAGAUAAUAAGAUAUGGGUAGAGCCCCUAAGAGGGUUGAG